UUUUUACAAUGGCCAACAAGUUAGUAGGAUUAGCUACCAAUGUCCUCGAAUGGACUGGAUUUAUAUUGCAAUGGACAGUCUCUAAGCUGAAAUAUACAGUGCUAAGGUUAUCAAUUUUAAGUGGAAUAGUUCUUGUUUUGUUAUGGUUAUCAGUGUUUGUAUUUGCAAGUUUUUAUUGGCUUUACAUGCCUUCUUCUUCACAUAUCAACAAGGUGCAUUUUGACUUUGAAGUCUGUGAUGAAGGUAUUGGAUUGUGCUCAUUUCCUACAGCAAAUGUAUCAUUUGGUAAAGAUGGAAAUAGAGAAGAAAUUUUGAGAGCUGGACAAGUUUAUAGAAUUUUAAUAAACUUAGAAGUUCCUGAAUCCCCAGUAAAUCAUGACUUAGGAAUGUUUAUGGUCAGAUUAAAGAUGUAUGAUAGAAAUGGUAAAGUAACAUCAAAAUCAUCUCGUUCUACAGUUCUACAUUACCAAUCAGUAUUAUUAAAUAUAAUGAAAACACUUGUCUUGGCACCAUUAUUAAUAUCUGGUGCCACAGAAGAAAAGCAGGAAUUAGAGAUAGAAAUGUUCCCUUCCUAUAUUGAUAAUUAUAAUCACCCAUCAACUGGUGCUAUGGUAGAAAUCCAGAGUAAAAAGAUUCAGUUAUAUACAGCUACAUUAAAUAUUUAUGCAUAUUUUACAGGACUGAGGUACUAUUUAUUCUAUUGGCCAGUAGUUAGUGGUAUUAUUGGAACAUUGACUAAUUUUAUAUUUUUCUCUAUAAUAACAUUAUUAUCCUACUUGAAAUAUUUCUAUGAAGAAGAAGAUGUUAUGAUAGACCCUGUUAUACUCAAUAGAAGAUAUUCUCUAUUUGAUCGUAGAGUUAGAAUACAAGCACAACUGGAUCAAGAAAGAGGUAAGAGGAUCCUUUUUAACCCAAAUUUUUCUAAUUUUCUAACCAUUUCCUUACAACUAACAUGGUAUAAGGGGUGA